AUGUCCGGCAACUCGCGUCAAACGAACCUCUUCGAGUUCGCCUUCUCUAAGAACGGAGGAAACCGAACUCACAAACCCCAAGACGCACCUCAACAACCAAGCCAACAAGCAUCCACACAAUCAACCUCGUCGUCCUUCCCCACCCCGUCAUCCUCCUCAACCACAACACCGCAAUCUUCCCAAUCUCAGUCCCGCAGCGACGGCGGUGGCGGCGACCGCUCGAACCCAUCCCUCGCCUCCGUCUCCGCCGAGACCCGCACCGUCCUCCCCCGCAUCCUCCCCAACCUACCACACCUCAACGCCUCGAAAUCCGAGUCCCUGCACAUGGACUACCUCCCGCCCCUAAAGGCCUCCGCGUGUCCCGCGCACACCCCCCGCGCAAAGAUCAAGAUCGUCAACGCCGACACCCUGAACGCGGCCAUCGACCUCGCGGCGCAGCGGCCCGACGGCGGCCGCGUCGCGGUGCUCAACAUGGCCUCCGACAUCCACCCCGGCGGCGGCUGGCUCAAGGGCGCCGUCGCGCAGGAGGAGGCCAUCUGCUACCGCUCCUCACUGUAUCUGAGCCUCCACAAGCGGUAUUACCCGUUCAAGCGCCGCGGCGGGGUGUACACGCCCGACGUCGUCGUCAUCCGCAGCGACAUGGCGAGCGGGCACAGGCUGCUCGUCCCUGGGAUCGCGUACGCGGACCUGCCGGUUGUGAGCGUGCUCAGCAUCGCAGCGAUCCGGAGACCAGAGGUUAGGAGGCGGAAGGUCGUCACGACGGCGGGGACAGAAGAGGUGUACGAGUUUGCGAGGACCGGGGACCGGGCGCUAACGAUGGAGAAGAUGAGGCUCUGCUUGCGGAUGGCGGCGAGCCGGGACCACAGUUUGCUUGUGCUCGGCGCGUUGGGGUGCGGUGCGUUCCGAAACCCGCCGGAGGAGGUUGCGAGGUGUUGGCUUGAGGUGCUGGACGAGGCCGAGUUUGGGGCGGGUGGUGGAGGGAGGUUUGGUUCGCGGUUUACGAUCGCAAGAAUGAGGGCAACUUUGAAGUAUUUGAUGAGUUGUUGGGCGGUGUCGUGGUCUAAAAGGUGCGAUGCUGGUAUCACUAAUGUCUCUGUUCUCAUAUGUAGUAAAUGA